CUCCAGGGCACCUCUGUUGAUUGAGAUUGUUGUUUGGAUUAAAGUUUAUUUAUUUUAUUUUAUUUUUUGCGCCAAAAUGCAUCUUCGAGCGGUCCACGCAGAGGAGAACAUCGCGGUGCUCCAGCAGCUCGUCCGCGAGAACCCGCUGGGCAUACUGACGACCGCGAUCCAGUCACCGCUCCACCCGCUCAUCCAGUCGAGCCACAUCCCGUUCGUCAUCGACGUCCCGGAGACGGAGGACGGCGGCAGCCCGUCGAAUGGCACACUUCGCGGCCACAUCGCGAGGCAGAACCCGCAGGCGAAGGUGCUGAUGGAGGCCCUUGCGGCCAGGAAGGAGCAAGGCCACGAUGGGCUGGAGCUGCCGGACGAGGUGCUGGUGCUGUUCAACGGGGCGCACCACCACUACGUGACCCCGAAGUUCUACACGGAGACCAAGCCGGUGUCGGGAAAGGUGGUUCCGACGUGGAACUACUCGGCGGUGCAGGCGUACGGCAAGAUCAAGGUGUUCUGCGACUCCAAGGCAGAGGAGACGAACGCUUUCCUGCAGAGACAGGUCGAGGAUCUGACGCGGCUGACCGAGUCGUCGAUCAUGGGCUACACGGGGGAAGGAGGACGGCCGGCGGCGUGGGAGGUGGCGGACGCGCCGACUCCGUACGUUGAGAUACUGAGGAAGGGCAUCAUCGGGAUCGAGAUCAAGGUCGAUCGGCUGCAGGGCAAGUUCAAGAUGAGCCAGGAGAUGAGCAAGGGCGACCGGGAAGGGGUCGUCAGGGGCUUUGACGCUCUGGGGACGGAGGCGGGAAAGGGGAUGGCACAGACGGUCAGGGAGCGUGGAGAGCUGAAGGAUCGACAGAGGGAAUCAUGAUCUAAGUUGACUACAGUAUGUACUCCGUACUUGGGCUGGUUACUCCUGGUGAGUGUCUGCUACUAUCUUAGAUCGCUAUGAACCUAGACAAGGAAGAUAAUAUACCAAAUAAGAAUUAAAAAAAAAAAAAAAA